CACAUGUUCGUCAACACAGGUAGUCCGAGUAACGAAGAAAAAGACCCUCAGCUACUACAACGAAAGGAAGUGUCCGCGUUAUUCUCUUUAUGUGUCUAAAGUGUAUAACAAACGUUUUUGUUGUUUAAAAAAAAAUAUAUUUAACUCCUCGUGUCGUGUUUAUAAUCAGUACGUUCUCAACCGCGAUUAAAACCGUUUCGUAAAACGUUCGAUAUUAUAAAACGUCAAGAACGUUAUCGAUUAUUUUCAUUUUUAUUUUGGGUUUGUUUAGACAUCGAUUUGAUUGGAAACUGUUAGUUACGGUGAUUAGAAACGUUUCAUAAAAUCAAUUUGUUAGAUGUCCAGUAACGCAGCUAAUAGUAUUUCGUGACGGAGUAACACCAAAACAACAAAAACAGAAUAGAAGGGAGAGCAUUAGUACUGAUUUAGACUCACCAACUUCCUUUACUCAUUUGUGGUGUAUAUGUGUGUUAGUGUCAGUGAACGUGAAUUCGUUAUAAAGAUUUUAACCCGAGUGAUUUUGAAAUUUUAAAAUUUAUUUAAAAAGGAAAUGGAAGAUUUCGAUUGUUUAAAUUUUUAUAAAGACAUUGAAGAUCAUUACAAUGUAGAAUUAAGAAAAUCACAACGCAAGGAUUGGGAGGACUAUUGGGCAUGCGAACAAUCGAUCGCGAGCGCUAGGGCCAGUGUCAUGGUCUACGACGAUGUCACGAAGAAAUGGAUACCGUCGGGGUCAUCAUCUGGAGUGUCAAAGGUGCAAAUAUAUCAGCAUACAGUGCAUCAGACGUUCAGAGUGGUGGGCAGAAAGUUACAAGACCAAGAGGUGGUUAUCAACUGUGCCAUACUAAAAGGACUGAAAUACAAUCAGGCUACGGCCACGUUCCAUCAAUGGAGGGACAACAAACACGUUUACGGUUUAAAUUUUAGCUCUAAAGAAGACGCGGACAUGUUCGCCAGGGCCAUGUUCCAUUCACUAGAAGUACUUAGUAAUAUAGUUCGCCCAGCAUCUCAAUCAUUAUACGCCGCAGCACCAAUUCAGCAACAACAACAACAACCAAUUCAACAACAACAACCAACACACCAUCAACCCCAACAACAAAUUCAUCAAUCGCAACAACAACUUCAUCAAUCGCAACAACAACUUCAUCAAUCGCAACAACAAAUUCAUCAAUCGCAACAGCAACUUCAUCAAUCUCAACAACCGCCUCAACAACUCCACCAACAUCAACCUCAACAUCAUCAAUCCCAACAACCUCAACAUCAUCAAUCGCAACAACCGCAACAUCAUCAAUCUCAACAACCCCAAAUUAUUCAACAACCUCAACUUCCUCCUCAAUUACCCCAGCCGACCCAAUAUGAUGAAGAUAUGGGUUAUCGUACCAUGACUCGCGAAGAUGUUGCUAUGAUUCAAGAUAGGCGAAUAUCGUCAUCUUUGAUGUCCCCACAACAAACUUCACCCAUGACUAAUAAUGUUCCGGUUGCUCCAACGAUGCCCACUACACAACCCGCUGUUGUUCCAAGUCCGGUUUCUCCACCUUCAGCUCCCGUUAGCGGGCAUCAAAGAACGACCAGUGCGCCUCCCGCACCAGUUCCGCCACCGCUUCCGAUGAUAUCAAUGGCAAUCCCUCAAGCUCCCCCGGCUGCUCCGACUCCCGCACCAAUGCCUCCACAAGUUACAGGACCACCCCCGCCGCCACCUCCACCGAUGAACAUGUCGCGAUCGCAAAGUAGUGAUGGUGGAGAAGUUAAUUCUUUGGCUGCUCAAUUACAAAGUGCCCGAUUGAAAAAGAGUAAGAACACACCGCCGCCUCCCGCUGAAAAUAGUGGAUCUUCUACGAGUAGUGGGGGUAGUAGUAAUUAUGGAACUUUGGGGAGAGGUGGUGGUGGAAGUAUGGCUUCGAUGAUGGAUGAAAUGGCUAAAACUUUAGCGAGAAGAAGAGCUGCUGUUGAAAAGAAAACUGAUCACGUCGAUGAGGAUGAUAAGAAAGCUUCUUGGGAAAAAACGAAUACACUGCCAAGUAAUUCUUCAAAAUUCUCAUCAGAAUCACCGAAAAGUAUCAGAAAACGGUUUGGGUCGGCUUCCGAAGAAACAAUACUGAAAGUUAAUGGCCUAUCAGAAGUUAGCGGUUUAUCACUCGCUCCUAACGAACUCGAAAGUCUUAAAAACGAAAUUAUAAAAGAGGUCAGAAAAGAGAUUGCCAAAAUGAAACAGGAUAUCUUAGAUGCUAUUAAAUCAGAACUGAAUCGAAGGUAAUUUAUACACACAGUUUACGUAAAUUAUUUUGUAAGAACACGUUAACUCUCCAAUAAAAAUAACCAAAAAAAAAGAGAGAGAUUGAGAGAAUGAAAAAGAAAUGAACAACAAUUUUUUGUAACUUUUUACACUCGUCGCGAAACACGUAUUAUCAAUAUAAACUACUCAAUCGACCAGAUCUAAGACAAAUUUGUAAAAGGCGAAGUUGUUAAGGAACUGUAAGAUUUGUGUAUAAAACGACAAGAAAUCCUCGUGACUUUUUCGAAUUCUUUUUUGUUUGUUAAUAAUCCGUUUAUAACCACAUCAUGAAUCAUGACAAAUAAAUAUAAGAAAUUAAAUUGUACAUGAAAAAAAAUAUCUGUGGUAGUAAUGGAGUAAAGGUCGAUUUUUAAAGUAAAAUAAAAAAAAUUGAGACAAUGCAAAUAUUGUAGGUGUCGUAUAGCAAGAGCACAGUGUAAUAAUAAUAAGUUUUUUUUAUAUAAGGUAAUAUUUAUUAUUUUAUUUUAAGUUAAAUUAUAUUCUAUGAGAAGACGAUUUUUUACGUAGUGAUUCCUAUUACUAUUCAUAUUGAUGCAUUUUUGUCUUGAUAAUGCUGCACUGAUAUAUAUAUUUUAACUUUUUUGUUCCAGGUGUAAUUAUGUUUAAUAAAAAAAAUUGUUUUAUUUCAUAAAUUUAAAUGAUACUAAAUAUUUCAUAUUUGUUGAUAAGUUUUAUAAAAAUAUACAGAGUGAGUUGGAAAGGAUUUGAAUUGGGGAUACUAAAUAACUAAACUAUACUAUUUUUUAUUGGUAUAUCAAGAUGCUAUAUAAGUCAUUUAAUUUCUCUAUUUCUUGAAUAGCUUCUACACAAGUAAUUAAAAGUAUCUAUAUUACUUUAAAAUUCUGGUUCUCAAAUCCAAAAUUAACACAUUCCCACUUUGUUGAUUUCUGUUAAACACUGUGAAAUGUUUCAUGUCCUAAUUAAGUGAAUUGUGUUAAUUGAUUGAAAUGUGUUGGACAUCAAAAACAGUUUAAUAUAAGUUGAUUGUUGCAGGUAAUUGGUUUAAUACAUACUCCUGAAUACAGUUAAGAACUUGAAAUAGUUUAGUUAGAAAAAGGUGUUUCUUAUAUUUUCUCUUUGCUCUUAUCAUAUCCUACAUACAUUACUAUCUUAUAUGGUGGAAAAAAAAAUAAAAAUGCUACACCCAUCUAAAAAGAAAAAUACUUGCAUUUUAAUUACUACGAAACAAGAUGACUUUUGUUAAAUGACAAAAAUAAAUAAUAAUGCUUCUACAUUCACAAAAA